AUGAAGCACCAUUUGAUGAUUGGCACGUGGACCGCGCCCGGGCGCAUCUACACGGUGCAGUUCGACGAUGAAGCUCUGACCUUGGAGCUGAUCAAGAAAACCAACAUUCCAGAGGCGGAGCCGAUCUCCUGGAUGACCUUUUCGCAUGACAAAAAGGUUAUCUACGGCGCGGCCAUGAAGAAGUGGAACAGCUUCGCCGUCAAGAGCCCUACCGAGAUCGUUCACCAGGCUUCCCAUCCGGUGGCUGGCCACGAGCUCGCACCCAGCGCUGAUACCAACACUCGCGCAAUUUUCGUACUCGCCGCCCACAAGCCUCCGUACAACGUCUACGGAAACCCAUUCUACAAAUAUGCGGGAUUCGGCAACGUCUUCUCCGUGAAGCCGGACGGAGCCCUGGAGGCCAACGUCCAGAACUACCCCUACGACGAAAACACCGGUAUUCACGGUAUGGUCUUCGAUCCCACCGAGACCUACCUUUACUCCGCCGAUUUGCAGGCCAACAAGAUCUGGACUCACAAGAAGGACGCCAAAACCGGCCACCUAGAGCUAUUAGACAGCCUUGAGGCCCCAGACCCCGGCGACCACCCGCGAUGGGUCGAGAUUCAUCCCAGCGGAAAAUACUUGUAUGUGCUGAUGGAGGCGGGCAAUCGUCUAGCGGUUUACGUGAUCGACGAGCGCUCCCACAAGCCCGUCUUCACCCACAUCACCUACCCACUGCUCCCAUCCGGACUGCCCCCGCGCAACAAAUACCGUGGCGACGUGACCUUCACCACUCACAGCGGGAAAUACCUCUUUGCGACCACCCGAUCCAACCACUUCGACGUUACUGGCUAUAUCACUGCUUUCAAGCUCGGCCCGUCCGGUGAAAUCGAGCGUCAGCUCUUCCUCAACCCCACUUCGACCAGCGGAGGACACUCCAACGCGGUCAGCCCGGCUGAUUUCAGUGAUGAGUGGUUGGCUCUAUGCGACGACCAACUCGGCUUCGUCGAGAUUUAUCGCUUCCGCGACGAGAAAUUGGCGCGGGUUGCUCGCCUUGAUAUUCCGGAGCAGGGCUUCGGAAUGAACGCCAUUUGGUAUGAUUAG